GCAUGCAGCUGGUCAACUGUGUCAUCAGGCUGAGAUUGAGGAAGGGUUCUCUCUCUCUUCAUCUCUUUCUUUCUCUUUCUAUCUCUAUCUCUGAUGCGGGGAGCAGUGCCGUGAGUGUGUGUGCUGAGAAAUGAUGAAACGUCCGCGUCAGUGAGCUGUUGGGAAGCUUCUCUCUGCCUGAGGAUGUGAGAGAAUUGUAGGCUGAACGAGGGAUCUACUCCAUCCUGCAGGCCUGCUUUCCCUCUGUCUCUCUCUCUCUCUCUCUCUCUCUCUCUCUCUCUCUCUCUCUCUCUCUCUCUCUCUCUCUCUCUCUCUCUCUCCAUCCUCUUUUGUGAGGCAUCUCUCGCCCUUUUUUCUCCUACUUGUUCUUCCUCUGUGGAACGAGGGGAUCGACAUCCCCCAUCGAUUUUUUUUUUGGUCGUGGCUCCCACCUCCUCCUCCUCUCUUUUUUCUCUCUCUAUUCUUCAAGAGGACCUCUUUGGAAUAGCAAACCUCCAUGUAUGACAAUUUGUACCUGCAUGGAUUUGAAGACUCGGAGGCGGGUUCAGCUGAUUCCUACACUAGCAGGCCCUCUGACUCAGAUGUGUCGUUGGAGGAGGAGAGGCCGGAGGGAGGCAGUCAGGGCCGGCAGGAGCGAGAACAGCAGGCUACACUGCAGCUGGAGAGGGCAAAGGCCAAAGGAGUGGCCUUUGCCGUGAAGACAAAUGUCAGUUAUUGUGGUGCACUGGAUGAAGAUGUGCCUGUGCCAGGAACUGCCAUUUCAUUCGAUGCAAAAGACUUCUUGCACAUCAAAGAGAAAUUUAAUAAUGACUGGUGGAUUGGAAGGCUGGUGAAGGAAGGCUGUGAGAUUGGUUUUAUCCCCAGCCCCCUGAAACUGGAGAACAUCAGAGCACAGCUGGAACUGAAGAAAAGCCGUGUGCAAGGUAAGUCCAGUGGAAGUUCCUCCUCCAGUUUGGGGGAUGUGAUGUCAUCAGGUAAACAAAAGCAGAAAGUGACUGAACAUGUGGCUCCCUAUGAUGUUGUGCCUUCCAUGAGGCCUGUGGUGCUGGUCGGUCCAUCCCUAAAAGGAUAUGAGGUAACUGAUAUGAUGCAGAAAGCUCUGUUUGAUUUCUUGAAACACCGCUUUGAUGGCAGGAUAACUAUCACACGUGUGACGGCAGACAUCUCUCUGGCAAAGAGAUCAGUACUUAACAAUCCCAGCAAGAGAGCCAUUAUUGAGCGCUCAAAUACCAGAUCCAGCCUUGCUGAGGUACAGAGCGAGAUUGAGCGCAUAUUUGAACUUGCUCGCUCACUCCAGCUGGUUGUGCUGGAUGCAGACACCAUCAACCAUCCCGCUCAACUGCUGAAGACUUCACUAGCACCCAUCAUCGUCCAUGUCAAAGUGUCCUCACCAAAGGUCCUCCAGAGGCUCAUCAAAUCCAGAGGAAAGUCUCAGAGUAAACACCUCAAUGUACAACUCGUAGCAGCAGAUAAACUAGCACAGUGUCCUCCGGAGAUGUUUGACAUCAUCUUGGAUGAGAAUCAGUUGGAAGAUGCAUGUGAGCACCUGGCUGAGUAUCUUGAGGCCUACUGGAAAGCCACCCACACCUCCAGCAGCACCCCACUCAACCCUUUGUUGGGCAGAAACAUUGGCACUGCUGCCCUGGCCCCUUACACUACGUCUGCCAUCUCCGGUUUGCAGAAUCAGCAAGGGCAAAAAACACGGCACGACAACCACACCGGAGAUCACUCCACCCCCAACGAACGGCGCAACCUGAUGACAUCAGACGAGAACUACCACAACGAACGAGCGCACAAGGGACGAAACCGGGGCUCCUCUGGCUCACAGCAUGGUGGCAGUGGUCGAGACCACCACUAUAUGGAAGAGCAGCAGGGCUACCAGGACCCCUACCAGGACACCUACAAACCCCACCGCAACCGCAGUUCCCCAGGCAGCUACAGCCAGGACUCACGGCACCGGCUUUGAGCAACCUUGCCCUGUUUUGUCCUCCAAGUCUGAGCCACAGAGCCAUCUUCCAUUAUGUUUUUUUUUCCAUCAAGGUCUCUUCCACAUCAAAAACUGUCAACCCCUUCUGAACCUUCAUCAUCUGACCAAAGCCUGCAUUUCCAUGUGUUUACACAAGGCUCAAUGUGAUUGCCUGGGGAAAAUGGGAACUUUCAACAUGCAAUGAAGCAGAAACAUGACAGUUGUUAUGCUUUCACAUGAUAAUAUGCUUGUUGAAUUUUGGUUUGUCUAUUCUGUUGCAAAGGGGAGGUUUUAAGCCAAACCAAGUAACGAUUUACCUUGAAAUAUAAUGGAAUGAUUGGGUUGCCCUAAAAAGCAAAUAUUCAGUGAAGCUAGCAAUGGCAGAGAAUCAGAGAUUCUAAGUUUCUACAGGAAUACACAGGAUCCCUGAAAACUGACUUAAGAGCUCAAUUAGUCUUUAUGUCAUGUCAUUAUUGCCAGCAUGUUACAUUAUUGCAUGCUUUUUCAGUCAUUAGUGCAUAACUUUAGCAGAGAGUCCAUAGGUUGAUGGCCUAAACUUUGCACAUAAGCAGGUCCUGAGAUAGUGCAGUGGCUGACAAACUGGAACAUUUCAAUGAUGUAACACAAACCUACUGCCAGCUGUCUUUUGUUACAGAAAUGGAAUCUUAAAUAACAUGAUCAUGGGAGUUUUCAAAAGCUACUAGAUGUUAGGCCAUGGAAUUUCCACAUCAUUUUUACAUAACUGCAAGUCUCCACAUUCAGCCACACAAUAUCACAGCCAAAAGGCAUAGACAGUCAUCUGUGCAGUUCAGCAUGAUGCUAACAUCCAUGAUAGCACUGCAUCCUAGUCCAUGGGCUCAUUUGUUAUCAGGCAUUAUUUUCUAGUUAGGAAGACAGCUUAGAGAUGCAUAAAAUAGGAAUGCUGAACAAAUGUGUUGCUGUUAAGUCCUCUAGUAAGCAUUCCCCUUUUAUGAUUAAAUUUCAUAAGUUUAAGACAAAUCCUUGAGCCAAAAUUAUGGCACUUUGAUACAUUGUAAUUUAGAUAGAUACAUUUUAUAUCAAGGGUGCUUGGAGUCUAUAAAAAAUGUAAGACAUUUUUUCUCAACACUAAAUGUAAAUGAACAGGUCAUAUUAGCUCUGAUUCUUAAGGAGUGACUAGCACCCUGUGCACUACCCUGCCAACUGAAGAAGCCGCUGUCCAAUCAAUUUUAGCAAGCACACAGUGACUACAGACUAAACCCAUAAAGAGUCAAUCUUCUGCCCGUGUUUUCAAUGUGAAAGGGACUGGCAUAGGACAAGCAGAUCCUAAGCAUAUGAAAGCAGUUCAGACAUGGACCUGAAACCUUAGAGGCCCAAAGCUCUGGCAAACCGUGGAUUUCCUCGCCUGCAUAUUCUCGCCUUAUUGAUUUAUGCUAGUUUGUGCAUUUAAAAAAAUUUUUUAAAGAAACUGAAAAACUAAGGACCGCAAGAAGUUCAAACGAGUACAUUCUGUAUGCAUUUGUCUAUGAGCAUGCUUAUUUGUUAAUAAUAUAAUGAGGAUGAAUGAACAUGAGGAAUUUGGCAGUGGAUGCCCAUUUGAACAUGACUAAACAGAAGCUUCAUCUCUGAAUUUGCUGCCUGAGACAAUCAAAUGGAACUUAUCUUUAAAACCGGAACGUUGUUCAUCCUCCUCAUUCUGCUCUCUCCAGUUUCAAAGCUGCUUCAUCUGAGCUCCAGCUAAAAAAAAAUUCAAUGUGAAAUUUUUUUUCUUUUUUUGUGAAAAUUGACAAUUAAAGUUGGAAAUGCAAAAUUGCAUGCAUAUCAUUUUAAUUUAUAAAAAGUUUGAAAGAAAAAAAAAUGUUUUAUGGAAAAUAAUUAAGUAAAAGGGAAAUCUAGCAGUAUUUAAGUUAUUUUACAAAAAAGAAAAGAAGAAAAAAUAA